UUGCCAGGCAGGAACAAGGCGGGGCGUAUCCAGGUUACGGGGCCGCUAGGUCGUCGGCCCGAGGAGGUGAAGGAUGGAGGAGGCCGGAGCGGCGGCGGCCGGGGCUGCCGGGGCUGCCGGGGCAGGAGCCGGAGCCGGAGCCGGGACCGAAGCCGGGGCCGGGGCCGGGGCCGGACCCGGACCCGUGGCCGCCGAGUCGGAGCUGAACCUUUCUCGCCUGGGCGUGACCCCCGAAGCCCUGGCACAGGAGCUGGAGAUGCGGGCCGAGGAGCGGCGGGGCUCCCGCGAGACGCAGCGGCUGCUGCUGCCGCACAACCGGCUGGUGUCGCUGCCGCGGACGCUGGGCGCCAGCUUCCCGCAGCUGCAGCUGCUGGACGUGAGCGGCAACGGGCUGGCGGCCCUGGGGCCCGAGCUGCUGUCGCUGCGCUGCCUGCGCACGCUGCUGGCCAAGAACAACCGGCUCGGCGGCCCCGGCUCGCUGCCCAAGGGCCUGGCCCAGGCGCCGCUCUGCCGCACCCUGCAGGUGCUCAACCUCAGCGGCAACUGCUUCCAGGAGGUGCCCGCCGCGCUGCUGGAGAUGCGGGCGCUGCAGACGCUCAGCCUCGGCGGCAACCAGCUGCACGCCAUCCCGCCCGAGAUCGAAAACUUGCAGAGCUUAGAGUUUUUGUACCUUGGAGGGAAUUUCAUCAAAGAGAUCCCACCUGAAUUAGCAAACCUGCCUUAUUUAAAUUAUUUGGUAUUGUGUGAUAACAAGAUUCAAAGUGUGCCUCCUCAACUAGCACAGUUGAAUUCGCUUCGUUCCCUUAGCCUCCAUAACAAUCUCUUGACAUACCUGCCUCGGGAGAUCCUUAGCCUAGUUCAUUUGCAAGAGUUGAGUUUGAGAGGUAAUCCCUUGGUGGUUCGUUUUGUGAGAGAUUUAACCUAUGACCCUCCCACUCUUCUGGAAUUAGCUGGUCGGACCAUUAAAACUCGAAAUAUUUCCUACACUCCUUGUGACCUUCCUGGAAACCUUGUUCGAUACUUGGAUUUAGCAAGCAACUGUCCAAACCCAAAGUGUGGAGGUGUCUACUUUGAUUGCUGCGUUAGACAAAUCAAAUUUGUGGACUUUUGUGGGAAGUACCGGCUCCCGCUGAUGCACUACCUGUGCUCUCCAGAGUGUUCUUCCCCAUGCAGCUCGGCUUCUCAAAGCUCCACGUCCCAGAGCGAGUCCGAUUCAGAAGAUGAGGCGAGUGUGGCUGCCCACAGGAUGCAGAAGGUUCUUCUUGGAUGAGAAAGUUUAGAAAAGUAUGAAUAAAACAUGAAGACUGGAUGAAAGUGGUCAGAAAAACCAAUGCUAUAACUUGGAAGUUGUUGAAAAAGCAGUAAGAUUUUGAGAAUUUGAGAUUCACAACCUCAUUUUCAUCUUGUGUGCUCAUGGCUCAACUGGAGAUGAUCUGGACACACCUUGUGUUGUGCCAAUUUAUUCAACAGGAAUUAAGAUCAUUCUAUGUGCGGAUUCUUUGAAUAUAAGAUUUGCACAGAACUGCCAUUUCAGAUCUGUUAUAAAAGACAUUGUGAUCAGUAGCCUGUUUCUUUUUGUCUCUGAGAAAUGGCAUGUAGCCAGGUGGUUUAUUCUGGAGUGCCACUGCCACAAUAGACUGUGACUGGUAUAAUCUUGGGGGGGGGAUGAGGGUGGGGAUUGGGCUGGAAAUAGAAAAACCCAUUUUAUAAUAUAUAAUUAUCAAACAACUUUGUGUCCUACCCCUGUUCCACAUUGAUAUAGAUUCUCAGAUGAUUUUAUAGGACCUCUCACCCCUUGUGUCCUUUGGGACAUUCAGACUUUGGCAAAAGUUUGAAGACUAUAAUUUAUAUCUGGGCUUUAAGAGCCUACAUUCCUGCUUCUUUAUUAGAUUGCUACUGUUAUGUUCAUUUCAUCUUAUUCUACCUCUUUGCCAUGACUCUGUAUAUAGUGCCUUUAGCUUGAGAAGGAUACAGGGCAGCUUAUCCCAGAUUUGGUGCUAAUACAUCCUGUAGCCUUAUUUAUAUACACUAUGCAAGGAACCUUACAAUAUGCUUUUUACAGUGAAAAACAAAGUCCAAAUCAUAAUCUAAGCUCAUAACUGCCUUCCAUUUUUAAACAAGAAAGAUUCUUAAUAGAUUACUUUGUUCUGUAAAGAGGGGGGAGCAUGCUAGUUUUCAACAUGGAAAAACCAAGGAAUAUGAAAAGUUGUAGGAAUAUUUUUCCCUCCACUGUAAAAUGAGAAGGCAAAAUUGAUUGAAGAAAUUUGAGAUCUUCUUCAUAACACUAAAUGAAAACAAUUAUUGGAAAACUAGGAUAAAUGUUACGACCUUGGGGUUGUAUAUUUAGUGCACUUAUAUUGUGGAGUAAUAGCAAUGCUUUACAUUUACAUAAAUCUUAAGAAAAUGCUUUCCUGUGAUUACAUUUAGUUCUCACAGACCUGUAAAGAAGCAGGAAUGGAUAUUAUUCCCACUUGGGCAUUAAGUGACUUGCAUGGCAGAAGUAGGGAUUAAUAAAACCUGACUCUUUUAACUCCAAGUCCAGUGUUUUUCCACUAACCAGACUGUGUCUCACUUGACUUACUAGGCAAUUUUAUACCAAAUAAUGUAAAUUAUUUUUUGCACUUUUUAUAUUGGAAAGUUUACUGGAGAGCAUUACAGAUGUAAUGUGCUUUGGCAUAAAGUACUGGUUGAGGUAACACACAUGGGACAGAAAGAAGAAUGAAUUUAUUUUGUGAACCAGAAUGAACUGCUAUUAGGUGAAUGCUCAAAAUUGAGGAUAUGUUUAAACAAUCUAAAAGCAGUUAAUGGUUCUUGGUUGAUUGAGAUAACCAAAGCAUUCAUUUUCUGGACUUUGUUAUCUUUUGUCCCAUUGAAAUGAAUAAUAAUGAAAUUAAUAAGAUUAUGAAAGUUAAUGGAGACCAAGUUCUUUUCCCUUAGUUCAGCCUUAUCUUAUGGUUGAAAAUGACAUGGAUUCCUUUUUGAAGGUUAAUGCCCCAUGUAGCAUUUUUCAUGGAAGCACAUCUUUCCAACUAGGGAAGUGAGACUAUUACUGAUGUAAAAUUUUUUCAUAUAUGAAAGGGUACAACCAGAAAAACAAUUGGGUUUAAACAAAAAUGAUGUGGUUCUGUUUGAAUCUGGGAGUACUAUGUGUUUAUAUGACUUAUCUGGCCAGUUUUAUAAUCAUCUGUGGUAAUCACAAUCAAUAGAUUGCUGAAAAAUAAUGUUUUGGGGUUAAUUAAUAUUUUGAUCUUCUCUCACACUAGAUAAUAGUUUGACCUUAUUUUCACUUUUUUUCCUCUGACAGAUAUACUAGUGAUCUACUAUGUUCAGAAGGCAAAGCAACCAUCAGGGUAGGGAGAGCAUACAAAAGAAGUGGAGGCCAGGGUCCAAAUAAUUGGUUCCUCACUUAUAUCUAGAAUUCACUCCAUGGUGAAAUGAAUUUCUAUCUCUUUAAUUUCUAUAGUUGUGUUGUUAUAUUUAAGCUAUCAUUUUAAGUCUAUUUUUUACCCCAAAACUACACAUUUUUAUGUUGAAAUGUUUUCUCUAAUCCACAAAGUUUAGUUGUAAAGUUAACAUUUUUUGCGUGCAAUUUAUCAGGUUAUUUCAAAAUUUUAGAAUACAUUUUUGAAAAUGUUAGUUUGUAUCUUCUUAGACAUACUCUGGAAAGUCUGAUUCUCACAAUUUUACUGAACCAAUUCUGAACAUGUUUCCUCCCUUUCCCUUAUUUUAAUCUCUAUUACAGAGGUAGUCAAAUAUUUAGCAUUUAUCUUGACUUCCUAUUUUUUGGAGUCACACUAAUCCUUGACUAAAUUCUAGUAGAGGAAGUAGGUCUAAUAGCUUAUACUUAAUAAAUAUAAGCUAUGAUAGCACCAUAUGAUAUAGACACAUCAUUUAUUCUUAGUAAUUUUUUCUACAGAAUUUCAAACUCAGAGUUGCUCAUGUAGGGAACUUGAACAUUUAGUUCUUUUACUUUGCCAAAUUUUGAUUGUAUGACAUCCAUAAUUAAAUAACAGCUUCUACUCACUAGGGGAAUGUCACAUUGUGCACCCCAGCUCUCUUGUAGAUUCAUGGAUAAGAGAAAAGGGUAUUUGGCAUUGGAAAAUAGAAAGGAGAAAAGGCCAUAGUGAGAGACCAAAGCCCAGAAAAUGAAGGCUAUUUCUAGACUGUGUUGUCCAUUGUGCCACAUAAUUGGCAUACCUUAACUUUUAUCAUCAAUUUUUAGUUUAGUAUACUUCUAAGGAAUUUUCCCCAUCUGAUGUUAGAAUGAAAGUCAGUAGGAAGUAGAAUUUGCUUAACAGUUGGAAUGCUGCUUUGAAAAAGGAGUAAAACCUCAUUAAUUUGGAAUUUGUGGUCAUUAGAGUUAGACUGGUUUAUUUACCCUUGUGGGAUCUAAGAAAAGAGGAAUACCUAAGCAAAUUAUGAGGUUAUGCAAGAUUUGACCUACUUAAAAGAAACCUGUUUUUUAAAGCACUUUAGCAUUAGCCAUUUUACAAAAAUGCACUAAUCACAAUUUGACACCUGUUGUCUUAAGUAUUGAAUAAUAUCUCUUUGGGCUGCAUUAUAGCUGCUUAAAUAAUAAAACCAUAUUUAAAAUGUUAAGUUUAUAUUAGGUUGCCCUUCUCCCUGGUAAGACUAAAUUAAUGACUUUUUAUUAUAUCUUCCAAAGUACCCAUGAAAACCAUAAGUUCAUUUUCAGUCAGUUUCUCUAAUAAUCAGGCUUCAAAAUACCUCUGGACCAUCUCAGACUAUUUUAUUCUAGCCAUAAUAUCAUAGCUAGCUAUAAAGCCUCCCCCUCCACCCCGCAAUGAAACACUUGGAGCCCAAGACUAGAGCUACAGAAUUAUAUGCAAUAACAAGUGCCUUGAACUAAACUGAUGAGCAGAUAAUCUGAUAGGACAAUUUUCUGUUACUAGUAAAAGGUAGUAAUAGUUCCCAACAACUUAACCCUUAUAUUGUUAAAUAGUAAUUCUUUUCUUUUAUUAGAAAAAUUGCAACAUCUUGUUACAUUAGUUUCUUUCAUAAAUAGUAUAAUCAAAAAGGCUUAUGGAAUUGUUUAUAAUAUACAUGUGUAUUACAUGUCCGAAUUUGCCAAGAUUGAAGCAUAAGUUUUUUUAAACUGGUAAUCAGUUUUAUCAGUAUGUAUUGAACCACUCACUGCUUUGGGUACCAUAAAGUUUACAUAAUCUUAAUUAGAUAUGAUCCCUUCUCUUGAGGACAGUAGUCAGUCUAAAAGCUAAUAAAAUGAUAUUUGAACCUCUGUUUUCAUUUAGAGAAAACCUGUGGUAGAGGUUUGUUAGAUUCCUCACAAAGUAAAUAGAACAAAAAGUAAAGUCUUCAAGAAUGGGGAGGGAGAGGGCUUAUUUGUAAGUAACUACAAUUUGUAUUCAAAUGCUAUUAAACAGAGGGAAAAAUUAUUUCCUCUCAAUAAUAGGAUUUCUGCCCUAAGAAACUAAGGUAAAAUAAUUUGCAUCAUGAAAUUGAAUGGGACCUAAAAACAAAUUAGAAUUGAAUGAAUGUUCUUCCAUCUGUGUACUUUUCCUUUCCAAUUAAUUCCAUGCACCAGUUUUCUUCUUAGAGAAUUUUUAUAAUGUUGAUUAUAUUAAGUUUCAGGAAUAUAAAAAAUAGUGAUAUCCUAGAUUUUUUUUUUUGAACACAGUUCUUUGUGGCAUUUCUCUAAAAUGCCUUAUAAAGUUUUUAGGAACAUACAAUAAGGUUUCAUGAAUACUAUACUUUAGACUCAAGAGGAUUCUUUCAACAUAUGUUUUUGAUUGCUGGUAGCCAAAUUUAGAGAUUAAAAAAAACUGCAAAUUUUGAUAGGGAGAACGUCAGAGAAACAAGUCAAGGACUAAAUGAUUUCAUUUCAAAAUGGUAAUGACCUAUUCCAGGGUAUUUCCCAAUCAUUGAUUCUUGCCCCGGCAUCCUAGAAUUUGGCAAAAUUUUACCAGUCUAUAAAACUUGUUAGUAAAGGUCCUUCUUAAAAUCUCUAAAUUUAAUUAACUGCUAUCACUCCUAUGCCCUGUUCCUCUCUUGCUGGUCUUCUUUUCACUUAUAGUUCCUACUUUUGGCUUUGGAGGAGGAGUCAUCCAGUGGAAUUUAGGUAUUUUAAGUCCCCAGUAUGGUGUGGACUUAAACACUGAACUAAGUGACCAUGUUGUUUUAUGAAUUCCAGAAAAGGAAUUCUGGCUCUAAAUAUGGCCUAUAUCUCAGAUUCACACAAGUGAUAUUUGAAAUUACU